AUGCGAGGCGAGUGUAUCGAAAUAAAUGGUUUCCCAAAACCCUGCUACUUCCCCGAAGAGGCUCCACAAAUUCUUUUGAAUUUGACACAAGAAGAGAGAAAUGAAAUUUUUGACAUUCUUGAUUCAAGAUGUCCAUUUUUGAUAUACGAUGAAUACGGAAUAAAGAAGCCUGAUGAUCAAAUUUUGACGUGUUGUGACGGCGUACAAAUAAGAAAAAUGCAAGAAAGUCUUAUGUUAGCUGAUAGUGUUCUAGGAAGGUGUACAACAUGCUUAAGGAAUUUUGUGAGACAAAUCUGCGAAAUGAAUUGUUCACCAGAACAGUCACGCUUUGUCGAUGUUACAGUGGUAAACACGACAGAAGGACUUUCGUAUGUAAACGAAAUUGAUUACAGAGUAUAUGAAGACUUUAUGUUAGAUGCCCAUGCCUCCUGCUCUGGUGUAAUUGUUCCACAAACCGGAUUGCCAGCUAUAAAUAUCAUGUGUGGGAAUGCCGCCGUCUGCGAUGCUGAUGCUUGGUUUGGAUUUACAGGUGAUACUGCAACAAAUCCUUUAGCUCCUAUACAAGUAAACUUUUUAAGAUGGCCAACAGAGGAAGAUUCAAUGAACGCUCGUGCUCUCCCAUGUUAUGAAACAUUUGGAGACGACAUUCCUUGCAGCUGCGUUGACUGCCUCGCAACAUGUCCAGCAGGCAAUGAACCAGUGCUACCCGAUGUUUGUACUGUCCUUUCUGUAAACUGCAUUGGAUUCUCAAUAGGAAUAGUAGUUUUUGUCAUUGGCAUCACUUUUUUCUGUAUUUUGACUUUAUUGGAAUAUAAAAGAAUUCGAAGUAAUCAAACUGAAAAUAAAAGUAGUAAGAAUAAAACAGCAGACAAUUUCUUAAUAAUUUUCGUCCAAGAUUUAUUUGCUGCGAUAGGAGUAUUUUCGGCCAAUAAUCCUGUUCUUAUUAUUAUGGUUACUUCAUGGAUAGCUUUCGCUAUGUUAUUUGGAGUCGUAAAUCUAAAUCUAACUGCGAAACCCCUUGAACUUUGGUCCGCACCGGACUCUCGAAGCCGUGCUGAACUAAACUAUUUCAAUUCAAGAUUUGGACCAUUUUAUCGCGCUAGUCAAGUAUUCUUGAAAAUAACCGGCUUGGAAUCUUUUGAAGUAGAUAAUGUGACAUAUGGUCCAGCCUUUAGAUUUGAAGCUCUUAAAGAAUUAGUUGCACUUGAAGACGCAAUUAUAAAUAUUGGCAGAGAUACUGGUGGUGUUGUUUUAGAAGAUGUUUGUUAUGCACCUCUUCGUUCUAGAGGCGGUGAAAAAAAACUUGAGCAGUGCGUAGCCAUGUCAGCGUCUACCUAUUUCGGCAGUGACCGCAACAACAUAAAUAACAAUACUUACUUGAAUACCAUUCAAAAUUGUUUGAAUAACUAUCUGAACUUUGACUGUAGAGCAGAGUGGGGUGGAGGCGCACAGCCAAAUCUAGCAUUUGGUGGUUUUGAAGGUGAUAAUUUUUUAAGAGCAAAUACACUAGUUAUUAACUAUCCAAUAAAUAAUUAUCUUUCGGAGGAAGAUCUAAAACCAGUGUUAGAAUGGGAGCAGAAGUUUAUUGAUUUAUUGCAUGAUUACGAAGCCAACUGGAAGGCCGAUUUUGUUGAAGUAGCUUUCGGUACAGAGAGAUCUAUAGAGGACGAAAUUGAACGAGUUUCUCGAGCAGAAAUUUUACCAAUUGCUGUGAGUUAUAUACUUAUGUUUAUAUACGUUAUAGUUGCUUUAGGUAACGUUAGAUACUGUAGAACUUGGUUGAUUGACAGCAAAAUUACAGUAGCAAUAGCUUGUAUAAUAGUGGUAUUAGCUUCUAUAUUUUGUGCCAUGGGUGUGAUGGGUUACGCAAAUAUUACAGCAACACUGCUGGCAAUUAACGUUAUACCCUUCUUUAUUUUAUCUGUUGGAAUAGAUAAUGUUUUCUUAAUGGUCAAUACACUACAAGAUAUACAAACAAAUUUGAAAGAGUAUGAUGAUUAUAGUGAAAAUUUAAGUUUUUCAAAAAAGAGAUCAUUCAUUUUUUCGAAAAUGAUGAAAACUAUUGGUCCUUCCAUGUUUGUUACGUCGAUAACACAAAUAACUUGCUUUUCAAUAGGUAGUCUUGCCAAUUUUCCUGCAGUAGUAACGUUUGCUGUGUUUGCUUCUUUAUCUCUAGUAUUCUUAUUUAUUUUCCAAAUUACUACCGUGGUGGCGAUAUUAUCAAUCGAUUACAAAAGGGCAAGUCAGAAUAGAUUUGAUCUAUUUUAUUGCGUUCAAAAGAAAAUACUUCUUGAUAAUGAUCCUUUAAACGCUGAUACACCGUAUCGUAGUGUAACCGCCAGGCUUAUGGAGCCAUACUCUAAGUUUAUAUUGGAUUGGCGAGUAAAAAUUGUGGUUGCAAUUAUUUUUGUAACAAUACUUUCCAUAAGUAUUAUUUUAAUACCGCAAAUAGAAGUAGGAUUAGAUCAAGAAUUAUCCUUACCUCCGGAUUCUUACGUAUACAGGUACUUACAGGCAGUGAAUGAACUUUUGGGUCUCGGACCACCAGUGUAUUUCGUUUUAAAAAGUGGUUUAAAUUUUACAGAUACAAAUCACCAAAAUGUUAUAUGUGGAGGUCAGUUAUGCUACGACGAUUCUCUCGUAACUCAAAUCUUUUUAGCGUCACGUUAUAGUAAUGUCACAUAUUUAGCGGCAAGUUCUAAUUCGUGGUUGGAUGAUUUCUUUGAUUGGACAGGUUUGCCUGGGUCUUGUUGCAAGUAUAACUCAACAGAUGGUGGCUUUUGUCAGAGUACAGAUACUUCUUCAGAAUGUGAGUUUUGUACUAUCGGAAGAAACGAUUUCGCUAAUGGUCUACGGCCAAAUUCGGAGGCCUUUGAACGGUAUCUCCCAUUCUUCCUACAGGAUGCACCAACGGAUUCAUGCAAUAAAGCAGGUCUCGCUAGUUAUUUCAGUAGCGUGAAUUAUUUGUUAGAUUCAGAAGGCCGUGCUACUGUUUAUGAUAGUAGUUUUAUGGCUUAUCAUGCCGCUUUAGGUACUUCUAAAGAUUAUAUAUCUGCUAUUAAAUACGGCUACGAAAUAUCUGAGAACAUAAACGCAGCUAUUAAGAAACACACGGGCUUGGACGUAGAAGUGUUUCCCUACUCUGUGUUUUACGUAUAUUACGAACAAUAUUUGUACAUGUGGGAAGACACGUUCACUUCGUUGGCUUACUGUUUAAUAGGUGCCUUAAUUAUAAAUUUACUGGCAACAGGUCUUAAUGUUCUAACUACGGGCACCGUUAUGUUCACGUCGAUAAUGGUGGUUGUAAAUAUGAUGGGUGUUAUGUACAUUUGGGAUAUUCCUCUUAAUGCCAUAUCGUGUGUUAAUUUAAUAGUAUCCAUCGGUAUAGCUGUUGAGUUUUGCAGUCAUAUCGCUUACGCAUUCGCAACCAGUAAAUGCCCUUCAAACGAAAGAGUUGCUUAUGCGAUUAAGAAAGUAGGCGCUACAAUUAUUACCGGAAUAACGUUAACUAACAUUCCUAUUAUAGUUUUAGCUUUUUCAUAUACAGAAAUUAUUGAAGUGUUCUUCUUCAGAAUGCUUUUUAGUUUAGUGAUAUUAGGAUUCUUGCAUGGAAUGGUGUUCUAUCCAGUGUUUUUAAGUUAUCUCAAUGACGUUAUAAAUAAAUAA